GUUUGAUGUCCCACUUAUUCUGUCUAAACCGCCGAGAGUUGCGGCGUCGCCAAGAUGAUCAUUUCCCACUUGGAACAGCCCUCGGAUUCGCAGAUUCUUAGCACGCAGAUGAUCACUUCCAGAUGAAGCAGCCCGCAAAAACCAAUUCAUCUGCCCCAAGGAGGACGUGACGUGAGAAAAAAGGAUGAAAAUGAAACGGAAGUGUAAACGAAACAAAACAUGGUCAGGGGGCGGAGAGACGGGGAUUUUGGAAGAAUAUAGGGGAGAAAUACUGUUGAGCUGAGUCCUUGCUGAAUAUAAAUAAGAUGAAAGACCUCUCACUCAUGAUGUCUAGCUAGCAUUGGACUCUGUAUCCAUCUGCAAUUCUUGAGUUGAGACUUGUAAAACAGCCUUCAUCUCAAAUCACCAUGCAUAUCCAAAGCUUGAUCAAGCUUUAUGCCACGGCGGCACUCGCUGCUUCAUCAUCUGCUCUCUCCGUGCCUCGGUCCAGCUCAAGCUCUCUUGAAUCUCGCCAGAAUGGAGGACCACUCGUCUUUUGCCACUUCAUGAUUGGCAUCGUCGGCAACAGAGGCAGCGCCGCCGACUUCGACGCCGACAUGAAAAACGCAAAAGCCGCCGGCAUCGACGCCUUUGCGCUCAACAUCGGCGUAGACUCGUACACCGACCAGCAGCUCGAGUACGCCUACGAGUCCGCGGCCAACAACGGCAUGAAGGUCUUCAUCAGCUUCGACUUCAACUGGUACCACACCGACCAGGGCACGCAAGUCGGCCAGAUGAUUCAAAAGUACGGCUCCAAGCCCGCGCAGCUGCUCGUCGACGGCAAGAUCUUCGCCUCGAGUUUCUCUGGUGAUGGUGUUGAUUCGAAUGCUGUUCGUUCUGCGGCGGGGGGAAACAUCUUUUGGGCGCCAAACUUUCAUCCUCAGCAGGGAACGAACUUGGGUGAUGUCGAUAGCGCCUUUAACUGGAUGGCCUGGCCCAGCGACGGCAACAACAAAGCCCCCAAGCCAGGAUCCAAUGUUACUGUCCAAGACGGUGAUAACACUUACACCAGCGCCCUCGCCGGCAAACCAUAUCUCGCCCCUGUAUCCCCCUGGUUCUCUACUCACUUUGGAGCCGAAGUGCCCUACUCCAAGAACUGGGUGUUCCCCGGAGACUUCCUCUGGUUCGACCGCUGGACGCAGAUCCUGCAGCUCAAGCCGCGCUUCGUCGAAAUCAUCACCUGGAACGACUACGGCGAGAGUCACUACGUCGGCCGCCUCGACAGCCCGCACGGCGACGACGGGAACUCCAAGUGGACGUAUGGAAUGCCGCACAACGGCUGGCUGGACAUGGCCGAGCCCUUCAUCGCCGCGUAUAAACAAGGUUCAAGUGAUCCGGCACCGCAUAUCGCCGAGGAUAAGAUUGUGUAUUGGUUCCGUCCUACAUUGUCGAGCAUCAACUGCGAUGCUACAGAUACUACUAUGGGUGACGCCGACAAUUCUACGGGCAAUUACUUUAAAGGUCGACCCGACGGAUACCAAACUUUGCAGGAUAAAGUCUUCAUCGUCACGCUGCUCAAGGAAGCUGGUACUCUCGAGGUCACCGUCGGGGGCAACACGCAGACCUUCCAGGCUGCUGCCGGCGCAAACAAGUUCUCCGUCGACAUGGCACCUGGUCCGAUCUCGUUCAAGGUCAACGGCUUGUCUGGCGAUGCGGGGAUGCAAAUUCUUGAUCAUUGUCCCUGUGGAAUUUACAACUUUAAUGCGUAUGUGGGCACGAUUCCUGCUGGGGUGCCGGAUCAGCUGCAGCCUGCGGGUUAUUCGAAUAUUAUGAAUGGCCUCAAGGUGUCGACGUGUGGUCCUACUGGGAAUUAAUAAAGAAGAGAGUGAUUAAUGAGUUGAUUUUGUGUAUAUGUUGAUAUAUCAUGUAUAUACUAAAACUGUGUCUAUAUCAGGAUGUUGAAUAUACGAGUAUAAUACAAAAG